GCCAUGGUCCCCGGACAGCCACACCACCUAGAGGGAGGCGUGACGUCCUAGAGGGUGAAGAGCGUUACGGCGGACGAGGGAGAGGAUCGACGGUGAUGGCGGGUCGUGACCGACGAUAGAGAGGGAGUAGGGUAGGGCGUAGCUCGGUAGAGAAAGGGAGGCGAGCGUACUGAACACCGCUACACGGUGGACCCAUGCGUGAGCCAUACAUGGGGGUCACCCCACGAGUAGGGUGCCCGGUAGGCAGCGCUGCCAGCGCCUACACGAGGUGGAGGGUAGUGACGAAGGGGCGGCGUCACUAGGAGAGUGGGGGAGGCGUAUCAGCCAGAGAUGCGGCCGGUGGCGGUGAUCGAUGGAGGGCGACACCGACCGGAAGGAGGAAGGGGCGCGGUGCAACGCCAGGAUCGAGGGGGGUAGCCUUGAUCGACGAGGUGGGGAGAAGGUGCACUGGGGAGGGCGCCGAGAGAUGCCCUACGCCGGAGGAAGCGCAAGGAGCAGCGUUAAGACCAGACGUACCACGGCGAGCAUGAGCUCCAAGCCAGUGGGGGAGGGGAUGACACGAUGGGUGGCGGCAUCGGUCAGGGAAGGGGGAUGCGACCAGGACGAGUGGCCAGCGAGGCGAGGGGAGGUGAGCCCACAACGGACCGAUGGGAGCGGAAGGCCUGACGAGGGGUGGUACUCCCGGAGGUACACUUCCCACUGCUGCCAGGGGGACGACCGACUAAGCCGCACCGGGGGACGAAGGGGAAACACACCAGAGCGAGGAGGCGAGGGGUGCCACGGCGUACAGGGAGGGCCGUUCCCCGGAGUACUAGCACCACAACCGCUGCAGAGGCGCGGGCGUAGACCAAGCCUGGGGACGCAACCCAAGCCAAGGGAGGCGGGCUCGCUAGGAGGCGGCGGAGGCAGCCGAGGGUGUGGCAGGCCCAAGGCGGCAAGGAGGGGAUGGGGCAAUCAUCGAUGGGCGACGCCCACCGUAGCCAACGACGAGCGUUUCUGGAUUAGAGAACUCCCAGAGGUUAACUAAG